CAGGAUGGCGGAGGGCCGCCGUUUGGUUUCCGCAGCAACGGCGCCUGCCAGCCCCGGGCCCCGCCGAGAGGCACGGCAGGUCUGCGGCGGGCUGAGGCAGAGCCUCUGGCAGAGCGUCGAACCGGUCGGCAACGACUCCGGCCCCUGCUCCGGCCCCUGGGGGUCGGACGAGCCCACGGAGAUCGCGACCGUGCUGGAGGAGUGCGUGGCGGAGGGCUCUGUGAGCCAGGAGACAUUGGAUUUAGCCUGUGAAGAAUUUGAAUGCUUUGUGAGGUUUUCAGAGAGGGAAAAAAUGGCGAAGAUUCGAGCAGAAAUCAAUGAGAAGAAACUGGAAACUGAACUUCUGCAAUUGGAGCUGGAGGCAGCAGACAUAGUUCAUCCUUUUUAUUUAAGUAAAAAAUACCAGAUAUUGCAAGAUGUGAACAGACACUUGGAAGCAGUACUGAAAGAGAAGAGAAGACUUAGGCAGAGGCUGAUUAAGCCCAUAUGUCAAGAGACGCUGCCUAUUAAGGCUGAUUUCCACAAGUAUGUAGUGGAGUUGUUGACUGAGGCUGUGACUUUCAUUGAGAAGUUGGAAAACCAUUUGCAGACUGUAAAAAUGAUCCCUCAGGUACCAACUUUCAUGAAGAAUCUGGACAUUGCUUUGACAAAAACAGAAGUGCUGGUGACAGACUUGGAAGAGCUGACUGAGCAAAUAUUGCAGUGGAGAGAAGUGCAAAAAGAAGUGUAUUCUGACAGCAUUUGCAAUACUGCUGAAUUGGACUUGGGCUUAUCUACCUAACAAAUGAUGUUCUUCAUGUGAGAUAAUUGCUUGAAGAACUGCCAUGCAAGUCUCCUGUGGAAACUGCAACACAGUUGUGCCUUAAGUUAACAGGGAUUUUGUAGAUAGUUGUAUUUAUGUUUGACAUUGUAGUUCAGUGUUUUCCAACUAAUUGAAAACAAAAACAGAUGAUAAGUGGCUGAGCGGUAGCUUGUAAGUAGUCAACUGCUGAGGGGACUGUUAGAGAGUUCCUCUUUGAAAUAGUUGACAGACUCUUUGAGCCUUUAUCUUCAGUGCAAAUUUGUUGGCUUUAGAACCUCUAUUCAUUUUUAGAGGUAUGUUGAUAAUACACUGUAUUUUGUAUGCCAUUAUAACACUUCAAUAAAAGUACCUGAUUUUAAGA